AUAGAUGGCUAUUCUGUUACAUAAAGUAACACGUGGGUGUUUUAAAGUUAAAUAAUCUAUCGUAAAUGGAACAUGUUUUGAACGCACAAAUAUAGGAAAUACAAAUGAAUUAAGUUGUUCUCGACCAGCAGGGGCCAGCAGAGAACUAUCGUUUUCAUGCACACAGCAACGCAAAGGCUGCUGGGUAAUGAUCACGGGCAAACAUGGCAGCCACCCUUCCAAGGAUCUUGUCCGUCGGUAAAACUACGAAGGGUUUGCUCAGUUGCUUGAGGCUGUCUGCAGUUCCAGCCCAGCAAUACAUGAAUCUGUAUUAAUAGCAGUACUGUUAGAUUGUGCAUGUAGAGGCAGCUGAGUGAUGAAGGAUGCUGCUGCCUCUGUCAGUGUCUCGGUGGACUGGAUUAUUCCGUUUACUGCUUAUUUGUUGCAGGUCUAUAACCAAAAUGAUGUGAGAAGGGCUAGAUUCAUCGGCAGACAAAAAGAGGUGAAUGAGAACUUUGCAAUCAGCUUGGCUGCUGAGGAGCCAGUGACAUACCUAGAGUCAAGAGUGGUGUCCUGUGAUGGAGGCGGAGGGGCUAUCGGCCACCCCAGAGUUUACAUCAACCAGGACAAAGAAACCAAAUCUGGCACGUGUGGAUACUGUGGGCUGCAGUUUAAGCAGAAGCAUCAUCACUGAAGAACUGUCUUUUGUCUGU